CUAAAGUCCAGCAGUCCAGUUUGGGAUUCAGAUUCAGAUUCAGAUUCGAUUUCAGUUUCAGUUCCAGUUCCAGUUCCACCAUCCAGUUUUCCAGUCGAACAGCUAGAGUUUUGAUUGAUUUUUUGAAUAAGGAUCGCGGGAUUUGAAAAUAAAACUAUAUAAUAUAUAUCUAUAUAUCCGAAAGAUAUAUCUUGAAAGCUAGUCAAAAUGUCGCAGCCACUCAAGUUCUACUUCGACUUCCUGAAUCAGUCCAGUCGGGCGCUCUACAUCCUCCUGGAGGCCUCCAAGAUACCCUUCGAAGCGAUACCCAUUUCGAUGCUCAAAGGCGAACACCUGACGGGAGAGUUCCGGGACAAGGUGAACCGGUUCCGUAAGCUGCCGGCCAUCACGGAUCACGGCUAUCAGCUGUCGGAGAACUCGGCCAUUUUCCGGCACCUGGCCAGGGAGAAACUGGUGCCGGAGCACUGGUAUCCGCGGCGCCAUCUGGGACGGAGCAGGAUCGACGAGUACCUGGCCUGGCAGCAGAGCAACAUGGGCGUGGCCACCACCGAGUACUUCCAGCAGAAGUGGCUAGUGCCAUAUCUCCAAAAGACCCGUCCCACCGAUAAUGCGGUGAAUGUGGCUGGGAAGCAGUUGGAGCAUACACUGAACGAAUUCGAGCAGCUCUUCCUCAACUCUCGCAAGUUCAUGCUGGGCGACAACAUAUCCUUUGCGGAUCUCAGUGCCAUUUGUGAAAUAGAUCAGCCAAAAUCCAUCGGGUAUAAUGCGUUCCAGAACCGCAACAAGCUGGCCCGCUGGUACGAGGCGGUCCGCGAGGAGCUCGGUCCUCACUACAAGGAGGUCCUCGGGGAGUUCGAGUCCAAGCUGAAGAGGAGCGGCAGUGGCCAGGGCGUGGCCCAGGCGGUGAAGCAAUAGCAUCCGGCUAUCCCUCCCCUCCAGGCCCGUCCAUCAAUCUUUAGUUUAGUUCCCUGAGACCCCUGGAAGACACUGGCUCUUCGGAUCAUCCAUAUAUAUCCCAUACUCCCCCUUAUGAAACUUAGUUUUAAAUUCUUUUUUUUUUAUGAAAUUGAGUGAAGAAAUCUAUAAUAUAUAUUAUCUAUAUUAUAUAUCUUAGUCCCUUAGUACUUAGUUGUUAACGAUGUAUCCUAAUAUUAAAUAUUACGUAUAUUACAUACGCUUAUGAUUGUUAAA